AUGCCGCUGCUUCAAGGCGAAGAGACGCCGCGCUGGAAGCAGCGGCUGCAAAAUGUCCAGACUUUCGUCGUUGAGAACUACCUCCCCAUAGCCUUUGCCGUGGCAUUGACCUUUGCGCUGGCGUAUCCUGUGCCUGGCCGCUUCUUGGUAAACAUCGUGGUGGCAAACAAUGUCCACAUCAUCCAGGAAGUCAAUAUGGCCAUCGUGUUCUUCAUCAGCGGUCUGGUCCUCAACACCUCGGAGCUGCGGAAAGCCAUGGGUCGCGACAGCUGGCCCGCAGUGGCGUUCGGGUUCGCCAUGAUCUUGCUGGUCACACCCGCCCUGGGUUUCGCCAUGAGGGAGAUACCCCUGACGCCGCCGGCGUUCUCUGUGGGUCUGACCAUCUUCUGCCUGGUGCCCACCACCCUGGGUAUCGGCGUUGCCCUGGUUCGCUCGUGUCGGGGCAAUGAGGCCAUCGCCCUGCUGCUGACGGUGGGCACCAACAUGGUGGGGGUGCUCACCAUGCCCCUCUACCUGAAGCUCCUGUUCCUGAACUUCGACACGGGGGGGCUGCGGCUCAACGUCAACAUACCCGACCUGUUGCUAAAGCUGACUCUCACCAUCUUGGUGCCCAGCGUGCUGGGCAAGCUCCUCCGUGAGCUGUCGCGCCCCGUGGAGUCCUUCGCCAAGCAGUACCGCACCCCCCUCUCCAUCACCUCCACCACCAACCUGGCCUGCAUCGUGUGGCAGACCCUCAGCGGCGCCCGGGACCUGCUGUUCCAGCAGCGGGCGUCCAUGAUCGUGUCCGUCAUUGUGCUCAGUGCCGCAGUGCACGUGUUCUAUCUGGUGGUGAACCACUUCGCGGUGAAGUUCUUGUUCCAUCCCCCCCUCCCCGAGCACGUGGCUGUGGUGGUUAUGGCCUCCCAGAAGUCCGCCCCAGUAGCGGUGACCCUCAUCUCCUACGUCACCUCGCUGCCCGCACAGCAGGGGCUGCUGGCCAUACCCUCGGUGGUCGGGCAGCUGAGCCAAAUAUUCAUCGGGGCGGCGCUGGCCAAGUACAUUGCACCGAUAGUCGAUCGGGCAGUCAAGGCAGCGAAAGCCAGCUCGGCGGCAAAGGCAGCGGCGGUAGAUGUGGCCAAGGAUUCGGAGCUGGGCGCCGCCACCACCGCAACAGACACAGCUGCGGACCCCACCGCCGCGGCCGCCGCCGUCGUCCCCGAGGUCAAGUGCACAUUUGCUGAGGCCUCCGCUGAUCUGAUCUGGGUCAUGCUCGGACUGUCGUACUCGUAA